AUGGUUUGUACUAUACCAAAACCGCAUACAUGCUUGGCAAAGGUUGUAACUUGGAUGAUUUUCAUCGUGUGGAGGAUUAUUUGGGGAUUGGAAGUAACUCCUAAAGUCAGACAUUUCUUAUGGUGUUUAUGCAUUGGAACUCUUCCUACUCGGGCCCUUCUUGCUGAACGCCACAUGAUUGAGGAAACCGUAUGCCCGUGGUGUGGGUAUGCGGUGGAAACUAGCUCCCAUGCUUUGUUUGAGUUUCAGCGUGUUCUUGAGCUCUGGGAUGACAAUGGUUGUGCUGAUUUGGUUCAUAAUAGGGCUGCUGGUUUGUGCGAAAUGGUUGUGAGUUGGGAGGAAGUGAAUGUAAAGCUCAAGCAGCGUGCGGCUUUCCUUGCGUGGUGUAUAUGGGGGGAGAGAAAUCUGAAAGUGUUUAAGGAUAAAACCACCCCAAAUGCUAUUCUCUUGGCUCGUGUGCACAGGUAUGUGGAUGAAUUUGGGCAGGACAAUAAGAAAAUAUAUAUGCCAGCUCCUGUGAAGCGUAACCGUAGCAGCAAGCACUGGAUUGCUCCACCUAGGGGCAUUGUCAAGUUGAAUGCGGACGCCUCUUUAGCUGAUGAUGGAUGGGCUGGGUUGGGAGUUGUUGCUCGUGAUGAUGAAAGGAAGGAGCUGUUUGCUGCGACCCGUAGAGUGAGAGCUUGGUGGCCACCUGAAGUAGCUGAGGCAAAGGCUUUGUGCUUCGCUGUUCGUAUUACCAGGAAGUACGGUUACGAGGAUGUAGUCCUUGAAACUGAUUGCCAAGUUGUUGUGAAUCGACUAUCCAAAGGAGCGGUGUACUUCUCUGAUCUUGACGGUAUCCUAGAAGACAUUUUAUUUUUAUGUAAUGAUUUUUCUUCUUUUACUUGGGCUCAUGUUAAGAGAGAUGGCAACAAUGUUGCUCAUCAUUUAGCUAAGUUAAGACCCUUCGGUGUAGAAUAA